CCGCACAGUGUCUGCCUUCCACCAACCUGCCCUGUUUCCCUCUUGGCAGAAAAACGAAAGAGAACGACCAAAGGCGACCUGCAACCUGCAACCUGCAACCUGCCUCCAAUAUCCGUACGGUGGUGCCCUGGAUUGUUUCCAAUGCAAGUGAAUGCUCAGCACCAACGGCUUGUAGUGCGCACAACCAUCCCUACGGAACAUCGCGUCUUGUCGUAGAAUCUACGUCGACGCCGUACACCUUGGACGCUCACCAAACCAGCAUUCAACAGCCGCCUUUUUCCAUCGCACUCUACUCUCCCGAUUGGUGUCAUCUGUCAGCUUACCAAACUACCAAGAGAGCCAAGAUAGCGUAUCAUCUGUGCAGGCCGCGCGCUGUCUGUCCCCUGGGAAUGUCGACAGCGUCCGACACACAGUGACACCUUCUUUGAAACAGGCAGAGACGAUCUAGCGCCCGAACACGCCUUAUUUUCUCUGACAGGGGUGAGAUCAGACGUGCGACACCAUUGGACGUCUUCGUUGCUCCGACGGGCCGUGUGCGUUUUUGCUUUGGGGCCGCUCUAUAGACCUUUCUGCUGUCGUUGCUUGGACUGUUUCGUUUCUUCCGGGGGACCCUCUGAAGGUCGCGUGCCUCCUGCCUAGAAUUGCAACCUGUCACCAGAUAUCAGAUCGGUUGGACUGAAGCAAGGCCGUUAGCCAGCUAGCAACGUCUGACUCUGAGAGAUCGGGACUUGACACACGACAUGAGCGAAUCACCUCGACCCGCCGGUGACAGGUAUGCCUUGAGCUUGGAACAGAGCUUGCAAGAACUGCAAGAAAGAAUUCAGCAAUACAAGGAGGAGCUUGCAACGCUGCAACGAAAUGGUGGGCAGAGGAACGAGCAUCUAUCCAGAGCAGGAAGGGCGCCCUUUGAAGUCAUGGAGGGCGCUUUCAAGCAAGUUGCUGGCACACCCCCUUUCGUGCCUUUCUCGGACUCUGUAUUGCCCGCGCUUGUAGCCUUGCGGAAAACUCAUCAGACCAUUACGGAAUCCCGAGCGUAUCUGACCAGCCAAGAGGCCUCUCUGGACCAGACGAAACGCCGGCUCGAAAAUGAGCAGGCAAAUCUGGCCGACCAGAGGCUUCUGCAGCAGAGUCUAGAGAGGCGCAUUCAGUCUCUCAAGAACGAGACCGAAUCUCGGAUGGAGUUGACGCCCGAACAGGCAGCCAAGGAGAGACUGGACGAACUCAGGCAUUUGAAGAAGCGCUACGACAAAGAGACAUCCAGACUACUCAAGGCUCUGAGGAAGUUCAUUGACGAUCAUCUGGCGGCUCAGCUGGCUGCGGAAGAACUUGGUGGCCCGGUAGUGGGUGAUAUGAUGGAGGUCGACUCUGACCAACUGAUUGCGGGCUUCAAUGCUCAGGGCCGCCCGGCUAAGGUCAAGCUCAAGCCGGACGAAGACAAGCGACAACGGCGGCUCGAGGAAGUAUGGGGUCUGCCACAAGAGGGCGCAAAUGAGAGGCGCGGCGAGGCGGACGAGGCAGCAGCCGCCAGCCGCGAAAUGCGGGAGCUCACAGAACAACUGCUGAAUCAACUCGUGGAGGCAGGGGGCGACAACACGGCGGCGUACGUCAAGCUGCCCAAGGAGACAGCAGCGGCUCGGUUCCUCGUCAGGUCCAAGGUGGCACAGUUCCACCCCAGAGACGCUACGAAGCUCAAGCUGAUUGAUUUUGGGAGGGAGCUGGAUGACUAGGAGUGCCUGGUUUGCCGGACACCCGUGCGAGUGCAACGGAAAUGCGCAGAUCCCCCCCCUUGUGGAGUUGGACAGCCAGGCAAUCAAACUGAAAUUUUUGCAGUGGCAUAUCCUCCCUGGGCCUUGCAAUGUUACAGAAAAGCUCCUGAUGUUAAGGGUUGGGCAACUCGAGUCAGGACACAUGGCUGUCCUGUUAUCCUAUAGGCUCAGCAAGGCCCUUAAGAGGCUUCAGUAGCCACAGUGCGGACUCGUUUUCGAUACUUGCGAUGCACAGUGUCUGCGAUUGACUCUGCACUUUCCUCCAUUUAGGGACAGAACAGAAAAAAUGAUGGUGUCAAGAUUGGAACUUGGCGUAUGCGUCUUUGAAUAUACUUUGACCCU